UCCAAGAUGGCGACUGUUAAGAGAAUGUCCACACUUAAAACUAUAAACCAGACUUUAGGUAUUUAAAAAUGUAAAGCAGAUUUACCGUGCAACCACCAAGAAUCCUGGGACCACAUUAGAACGUCGUGAGUCUGGUUGUAGCUUUUCAUUCGUGGUCGUGCUCUAGCUGUAACAUCAUGGACAGUGACGGGUCUAGAGAAGGGUACUUUCAUCUAAACAAACGUUUCAAACCUGACACCGACCAAACAAUAUUGAAUGUAGACAACCUUGAUAGCUCAGGCGAAAGUAGUACCGAGCAAAGUUUGUUUACAGAGGCUGACUGGAGCCGUCUACCUUACCUGGUCUUGGUUCAAGUCUUCCAACACCUGGACCAGACAGACAGGUACCACGCUGCUCUCACGUGUAAAUCCUGGCUACUGGCACUCUCAAGUCCAGCCGUGUGGCGCACGGGACACUUCAAGUUAAACACCAAAUAUGAUAAAUAUUUACUCAUUUUCAUCAGAAGGAUGGGGAAAUCUUUUCUGCACAUUAGAGCCGAUGGUACAGCGCAGACAGAUAGAGGUAUCAGAUAUAGCAUAAGAUUCUUGUACCAUUUUAUCGAAGCUCUACUGACCGCUAACAACCAGCAACUGGUCACUCUCAGCCUGACCGACAUGAAGAUAUUGGAAUUAUCCUCCGUCCAUCAUAAGUGGGAGGUGGUCGAGCAACUGGCCAUCCUGAUAGAAAACCAGCGAAAUCUUCAAGUACUGAAUCUCAGCCACGCUGAUUUAAGUAUAGAUGAAGGUUUCCGGUUGCUAGAAGCUGCAGCCAGCCAUCGGUGCCACAAGACCAUCCACACCCUGGACAUUGACCGGCUCAUUGACUAUACGCAGGCCGGGGAUUUCAGCACUGAUAAAAAAUUUUAUCAUUACAUGUCCCGUUUUAGCAACUUAUCAGACUUGGAGUUGAGCCAGCUCUACCUCUCAGACGAGCUGCUGUACCAGCUAGCCGAGACAGCCAGCUUCAGCCUGAGGUUGAUAACAAUUAGAGAAGAAUACGUCAGAUUAAACCGUCGUCAAACUACUAGUACAGCCUGGCAGUAUCUGAAGUCUGCUUGUCCGAACUGCAAAGUGGAAACUUUCAUCAACCCAAGAAUUGGUCGGCUGUUCGACUUUUCAGUGCGUGAGAUUCUGACACCAUCUAUGCCCUUACAUACAUUAAACUGGAACUGCGGCAGAACGGCAGACACAGAUACUUUUCAACUUUGCAUGCAACACAUCGCAGACAACUUUCAGGAUUCAUUACGUCAUCUUCACAUCUUUUUUUGGGAUGUUCCCGAUAAAAAAUCCCUCCUGGAUCUGAUCAAAAGGUGUCACAAUUUAGAAACCUUGUCAGUAAGGACUUCAAACCUGACAAGUGGCCUGGAACGCCGCAUCGAGACGGAUAUCAAACUGGGUCUUGCCUGUCACCACUCCAGCACCCACCCCUGUGUUGCCACCUUGAACCAUAAGGACGUGAGUUUAAAGGACACGUGGCAGACGACAAUCUUUUGUUGGCUGGCAAAACUUGUGUAAAGUACGGGGAUGUUCAGGGCGGAAAGACGGUGGCCAAGAGUUGAUAGCUUGUGUGUAACACAGAAGCACAGGCAAAUUUGGUAGUGUAUCUGUAAAGCGUAUUGUGGUCAGGGGCAAUUCAACCGUAGUCAUGAAUAUAAUACUGUGCAGGUCAUUUCUGGUCAUAGACUGACCGUGAGCGAUACAAUUAUUACGUUUAGUGCCAUCACCUUUAAGGUCGUCUUAACUAAAACGGGCAAGCAGAUAAUGGUUUGCAUUUCUUAAAUACGUGAAUUUUAUACGCUAUAUGGAUUUUAUACACCGAGUGUAUCAUCAACAACUUUAAAUAUAAAAUAUA